CCAUGUUCACUGUAACCUCUCUCCAUGGACACCACUUUUACCAUGAAAAAUUAUGACCACAGAAAGCUCUUUAGAUAAUGAAACCUGGUCCACCGUAACAGAACAGACCAUUCUUCUACAAGAUGGUCUUAAAUUUGUCGCAGAUUUGGUCAGUGCGCCGGAAUUUGACUCAAAUAGUUUGUCAACGUUUGUCGACUGUGAGUUCCGGUUCGAAAGUUCUUGGAUAGCAAAGUUAGCUCAGCGUUUGCAAGCUGUAUUAUGCAUGCAGAGCAGUCCAUAUCAAUUAUAUUUUGACUUUAGACAACGUACUAUACUAAGUUUGUGGCUUUCUCAGAGAAAACGCUUGAAAACUUGCAAAAAGGGUGAUGUAAAUGGAGACAUUUCAAAAACUGCUGUCGAGAAACGAAAACCGGUUUCGUUUUCUUCACACGUUAGUUUACUUCUACUGCUACCUCUUCUGGAAUCCCAGAGUAAAAUAGAUCCUUCUCUGCCUAUCAGCUGCACAGAGCUGCUAUUGCAUUGCCUCAGGGAAUAUAGUCCUUAUUCACUUAGUUCAGAACCUAGAAGUUGUUUAGAUGGUUUAGAGAGACUGCUGUGCUCAUGGUUAGAUAUUGAGGCUUCAAAACAAACUCAGUCAGCGGAAGUUUAUGUCAGUACGUCAAGAAGGGAAGAUAUUGUUGCAGCAUUGAUUGCUCUAGCAUGUGGAAGGUUAUCAUUGAAAAGCUUGAUCCAAGUUCUAUUGAUAUUACAGAAACACAGGACUUCCUUACACAAUAUUUCAACACAUGAAGUACUACAAAGAACCCUGACCUAUACAAGAACAGGCAAACACACACCGCCUACACUAUUAAAAACAUCAAAUUUUGUUUCACGGUGGCAUUGUAAACCAUUCCCUGACUCAUCUUCUAAUGUACAAAAUGAUGAAAAGUGUACAAGUAUUGCUUGUGAUGGCAAGUUUUUAUACGUGACAUGUUCUGGUGGGAAAGGUUUGGCUAAGAUUGGUACAGGAAGAAUGGGUUCUUUCAGAGGAUUAUUAUACAAUAUUAAUUUAUCUAUUGCUGCUGGAUGGGUGGUUUGGAAUCAUGGCUUUCUCAUAUUCAGACCUGCAGUAUUUGAUACAAAUAGGAAAGUUUUUUGCUUUAUGCUGGACCCAUCUACAUUAAAGAUAAAGUGCAAUGUUGAAUUCAAGGAUUCUCUUGCAAUAACGAACCAGGAUCAAGUUUGUCAGGUCUCAACUGUGCAGCUGACUAGUGAUGGUGUUCAUCUGUACUGGAUAUUCACCCUGUCAAGCAUGCCGACCGACCAACCACAGGAACCCCAACAAGAUCAGUCUGCAUAUGAUCUGUGUAUCUGGGGAUUCAGACUAGAGGAAAUAGAAGAUGAAAAAACCAUGUCACAAAAAAUAGUAGCUGUGCCCCUCACACCACACCACAUGACUAUAGAUCUUGGAAGAGUGGAUGAAAAUGAUGCUGCUGGACUAAAGCAAGCUGCUCAAACCCCCAUGAAUGUACAGUUCAAAAUGAGCAAUCUUGGACUAGCAAGAAAUAAUCUGAGCAAGAUACCAAUGUUUGUAGCAAGUGAUAUGCUAGUUUUAGUCUUACCACACUACUCUUUGACAAAUAAUAAAGGACACCUGGUGCUGAGAGCUAAGAGAAAUCCAAUCAACUGCUGCUUUUCAUUGGUUGAUGACCAUUGUAUCAUAAGAGAGAGUUUGAUUGACACUGACAAUAGUGUAGAUUCUUGGCAGGACUUUGGAAUAACAAGACUUGGUGUUUGCAUUGACCCCAUGGAUGGAGCUAUCUGGACGUAUGGUGAUGGCCAUGUCUGUGAGUGGACUAACACUGGCUAUCCUAGUAUGAACCAAGUGAAAGAUCAACUAGCAAUAACCAAUGACCCCUUUGGUCCAUUAGAGGGUGAUCAAAUGGAUGUCAAUAACGUGAUAUCCUCCAUAGCCAUCAAAAUAACCAUACUCUCCAGAAGUCUAGAGGCCCAGCUCAGCGCACUUCGCCCAGUGAAUCCUGACACGUUCACAGAGGCAUUACUUGAUUCCAACUAUCUUACCUUGAUCUACGAGGCUCUACACCUUGGGAUAGUCAGUAAAAACCACACCAUCAUCUUGACCGUGUUACAUGCCCUUCAACCGCUGCUACAACUGGCUGUAACAAGGCGCAUUAAGCUGGAAAACCAAUUGGUCAAGGACCUGAGAUCCCUAGUGUGGAUGUUGGUGUGCACUUCUACUGAGAGUUACAGCCGGCAGAUUCACAGACAAGCCUGUCGAGUGUUUGUACGUGGAUUAAGCGUGUUUUACCGCGGAUCUAAAGAACAAAGCGCGCUACUCAUGGUGUUACUCUCCGAUACAGAUUCGAAAUCCAAUGGUAUCUUCUUGAUGAGAGAAAUGCUCCUGAGAGAUAUGGCUGCAAAACUGGUGAACACCGAGAAAUAUGUAGACUUUCCCAACAGGUUGGCAUAUGAUGUGGAAUGUAAGCUGAUCAAGGCUUGCGUCAUGGUAUCAACCACAGAUAUUCUGCAAUGUGUAAAUCUUGCUGAGGAUGAUUUGGCCAAAUUUCUAGCAGCACAGCCUGAUGUCUCGGCCUCAUUACAGUACAUAACUACACUGGUUACCAAGACAUGGAAGGAGUUGAUGCUGUCUGAGGACUGCACCAUGGAGAGUUCUCUUGUAGAGAUGUCAGAGUUUGUAACGAAGAAUGUAGAGUCGAUCAUGUUGGCUAGCAAGAUAUUAGAGGCGUCUCAAGAGCUUCUUGAAGUUGUGCUAGAAGCGCUACAAAAGCUACAAAACAACAGCCAAGAGGUUGUCUGGUCUAGAUUGGAUGGUCUAGAGAAGGUCAUCAAGGCAACGCCUGUUGGACAACUGCUUCUGUUUAUGGUGACAAUCAUGGCAAAUCAGAAGUUCUGUAGUCUUCCAUUGGCUAAGAGUUUACUAUCUAGGGUGACAUCUACUACUAUUACAGCUACUAAAGCUGCGAACCUCUUCCAUCACAUGCGGGCUGCAGCGAACUCUAAGUCUGAUGAUUCUGUUCUGAUGCCAACUCUACAGUCCUCGUUACCACAGCUCACCCCCUGGACACAUUCCUGUAUCGUAGAGAGCAUCCAUCCAAUACGCGAUGAUUAUAGGUACUCCAAGACUGUGACAUUCAAAGGUGCUAAGUGCCUUUACCUCAAGUUUGAUCCCAGAUGUGCUACACAGUAUGAAUACGACAAGGUCAUGGUGUAUGCUGGUCCUAAUACUACGGCAGCUAAAGUAGGCGAGUUUGGUGGGAAUGUGUAUGGAUAUGGCAGCAAGGGUGUAAUUCGUUUGGGGUGGCCAAAAGACUUCAUUACGGUUGAUGGAGACAGCGUGACAUUUGUAUUCCAAGUAAAGAGUACCCGCGAACGAACCACACCUGACAAAGCAGUUUGGGGAUUUGCUUGUUCUGUGAGCCUCAAGAAAGGACACAAUAAAGACGAAGAUGUCGCUCUUCCAGUGUUGACAGACGUUGCUCUAGGCUUGUCUCAUCUCAAUUAUAAACUCUUAAGUGUGUUAUACGAUGGUCCAGCCACUAUCAGUGAAGAAGAGGCCUGCAGUCAUUUACUCAACUCACAACUUUUACAAAGGUGUAUUUGGGAGGAAAGCGAAGGAAUGUCCUUACAAGAAUCACAAGCAAAUGGAAUCAAAAUAACCAUCACUCAAGACCAAGAUCAGCCCCCUACGACCACACCCAAGGUCCUACCACGACAGCCUCUCUCCACAGAACUCACCAAGAGGAUUCGGAACGCUUCAGGGAUACUUGCACCUACCCUACGGCCAAGUAUACGACAUGCCCUAGAACCAGAAGCUAUCGAGGAAGUUGUUCUAAGUGCUGUUAUACGACAUCUGAAUCUUUACGAUAAGGUGCAUGGUCUAGAGCUUCUACAGGUAGCUAAUGCUGAUAGUACUGAGUAUGUUAAGCUUUGUGAAGUCAUGAGGGAAGUGUUCAGGAGGAUCGAUGGUAUUUUGCGACAGCUACAGGCGAUGGCGGAAGUGGAACUUCGGUGGUCGCAGGAAAUAGAAGACUUGAGGCAAGGAUUGUUGCAGCCUAGUGCGGCAUUCUUUAACGAGUACCAUUUACAAGAGGUGAAGUCCAAGGAUCUAGAGUUGCUUUGUAGUUUAAAGGGAAUCGUAUUCGACCCCAUGGAACAAGAACGAGUUGUUGGCAAGCUUAUACAGCUGUUAGAAAAUGAAGCAAAAAGUCGCACAAAUGAUGACUCGGAAGAUUUAUUAGAACGAAUGCCGAAGACUAGAGCCUUGAGGCACUCCAUCAUAGAGUGCGGGGAACUUCUGUGUAGCGUCACGAUACAAAGUCCUUUGAAGAAGAGAGGCCCUCCAGGCAGAAGCGUCUCACAUGGCACCUUUGUUCCUAGGGCUCAAGAUUAUGAACAUCAACUGUCUGAUACCAGCUCUGUUAAUCGUUCCUUCUCCGCACCAACCCAACUCCAUCGUUCCAUGUCCGUACGUGAAGGCGCGCAAGAUCUGCGCAGACUCCAACGAUGGCGAACCGCUAUCCAGAAAAAGAAGCAAACGCAUGAUGUGGGCUCAAAACCUGACACAAAUGAAGACAACAUGGAAUUGGUGUCGAUUAUGGAUGAUAUCUUUGCAUUCAUUGGCAGUGAUCCUGAUAAAGAAGUGUCAUACUCAAGCUUUCUAUCAGCCGCACGUCUGCGCAACGAGCGAGGUUUGUCUCGUGUACAAGCCCUUCUACACAUGCAUGAACUCAUUGGUGUAUGUGCUAACAUACCGGGACACGUACCUCAGCUCAUCAUUACUAUUGCUUCCAUACUCUCACAAGGACCAAGGAUCGAAGAGCUUAAAUGUGGUGGUAUGGCUACUGCUGUACGAGAAGAGUUCACCAAUGUUGUCCAGGCGCUUCUCCAGCAAGCAUCAACCGAUCCUAUAGUAUACAGUAAUAGCAUCUUAGUUCUGUCUGUCUGUCCAUUCUCAUGGCAAGAGGAGCGUUGCGUGAUUCGUAGUGGCCUUAUUUCUUUACUGGACCGACUCUGUAUACUAGGACGUGACCAGUCACAGUCGUCACGCAAUACGGCUUCGAUGGCUUGGGCUAGUUUUCAAGUCCUUUUGGAUCGAUUUGUCCAAUGGGAGAAUGAUGACGGUUAUCAAGCCGAUGAGAUUGAAUGGUCAGGUUUAGCAUACCAAGUGUCUUCACUGAUAACAAACUAUCUUAACUUUGUACUGGAGGAAAGUCGUAAGGAGAUCACAAGAGCAAGGGAUUCGCUGCAAUAUAUCUUGAAGUUACUGCAGAGCAUUGCAGGAAGUAAAAUGGGAGAAGCUAUUUUACAGCAGUCCUGCACCGUCUCCACCCUACUAGCUGUACUUCUAGAUCCUCGAGCUCCUCCUAAACUCGUACUAACGGUACUAAAGCUCUGUCGGGCAGCUCUUCCUCUCAUGACGACGAAUAGCUGCGAACAGCUAACGUUACCUGUCACGGCAGAACGAUAUCUGAACCGUGAUGAUAACGCAGCAGAUCUGAAACCUGUGCUCAAGGUUGCCAAACUUCUGUUAGCCAAACUAGGUGAUUUUAUAUUACCCUGUGUCCAAAAUGGAAAGAGAUUGCAGUAUGGUAAGAAUGGUAAUUGUAAUGGAGGUGUUGAAGGAACGGCAAAUGAUACCGAGAAGACGGAGCAGUACAUAGUGUAUGUGCACAAACGAAGCGAUCAACCUUCACAUGAAGUCGUACAGACGAUCGUCAGUCAUAUUGGUCAUCGGUUUGUUUUUCGCGUGGGGCUUGGUACCGAGGUAGACCGUGCCGUGCGUCUCGACCACGAACUGACUGAAAACAACAAAGCAGUGAUCAUGACAGAUGUUUUUAGUGCCUGUGUGACCAAAGCCUCCAGUCUUGCAGCGAUGGGCCUUGUGACUAGUGUAUUACCUGCGUAUCAUCGACAGCAAGAGUCUUUUGAUAAGGGACUGGUAUCGAGUGAAAAUGUCUGUAGUGUGCGCAACCAAAUACUGGCAAGUGAAUCCUGCCGUCCGUUCGUGAGCGGUCAAGUAGCGCACACCAUGGCGUCUGAAGUAAUCUCUCUUUUACAAUCGCUUCUCACAUCGCCUUCCUCGGAUGCCGCAAAGCUUUGGUCCUCUGCAGUGAAACAGGUUCUUUCCGACGCCCUAAAUUCAGUGUCAUCAUUGAUGGAGCGUCUUGGAAAAGAAAUUGACCGUUCGAUCAUGCACCAAGGUCAGGAGACUGAGGAAGAUGAAGAGACGUUAACUGUAGCAGGUGAAGAGCUGAUGAUGGUGUCGGGACAGGUUAUGGCUGCACUGUGCUCUAUGGGAGGUUUCAAUCAUACUGUCUAUGCAGGUUGUAAUGCUAAGAUCAUCGGGGAAGACAUGGUUGCUAUGACAUGUGAAGUGAUGAGCACGUCUGAUGGAAUGGCUACUAUACUAUUGGAUGAUAGUACACAGGCUGAACGGUUACUUGAUAUUCCUCUUGUACGGCUGGAACUGCCUCACAAAGAGCCUGUUUCCCUUAACAAAGUUGAGCUAGUCGAACAAGCGAUAGAGUCUCUUUAUUUGAUCCUAAAGACACGAGAUGUUACUCUACCCAAAAUCCCUGAAUCAGAGGACAGUAAUGCUUUAUUACUUGAAACCUCAGCUGCUCGGGUACUGUGUGAGCUGAAAACCAGAGCGAGUAUGGUAUUGACCUGCCAGAUGAAAGACCCCGUGUUCUGUGACGCCUUCACCAGCCACCAUUCUCAACCCUUACAAACAAUGAAAGCCCUUGCAGACCUGACAGACCCAGGCAAACGUCUAGCAGUCCUCGAUUCACAAUGCCAAGAACUGCGAAAACUCUUCAAGGACUUGGUCAAACCUGUAGAUCGCAGACACAAUGGAAAAACCAAGCCAGUUGCUCUGGAUAUAAGGAAAGAGUACCCUCCCAUAAAGGGCGUGGUCUUCACCGAGGGAUACAGGGUGGCUCAUAUGAUGGUAGAAGGAGAAAAUAUCCAGAAUUUGCCUCGCGGGGCAUAUUUAUAUGCAACACAAUCCAUACCACUCAAGGCACCCUCAUAUUACUGGGAAGUGGAGAUACUGUCCCUGGCCAGAACAGAUACCAGUAACUACGUCGGUAGUGGAUCAUCAUUGUCAAUUGGCAUUGCGCCCACAAUAAGUCAUCCUGCUGACAAGUGGGCAACCCCAGUUGGAGCAUGCGUACUCCAUGAUAAUGGGAUAGCAGUGCAUUACAAACGAGGAGGAUUCACCAAUUGGGAAACCACCAAUACUGGCCUCACAAUACAAAACACUCACGUGAUAGGAUGCAGCUACACCAGAUCCGAAGAUGAUGUCGACCAUGGCAGCGUCUACUUCACUCACGAUGGUCAGCGGUUACCAGGUGUAUUGCAUGGGGUCAGAGCUGGUUUGUGGCCUGUUGUUCAUCUACAAAGAAAGGAUGUUAAAGUGCGCGUUAAUUUUGGAAGCCAUCCAUUCGUGUACGCCAAAGGAAGCAAGAUUCGCCAAGCAGCUGAUCUGGCAUCUGAUUCCAUGGAAGAAGUAAGACAGUUGUUACUUGAGCUGCCGUUUGCUGGGGUUGAGAACGAUUCGGAUGAAGAAGCCAGAGUGAUGGCCCCAAUUAAAGAGGUUGGGGAAACCAAGCUAAAGAAGAUUCCAGAACCCUUGAGUCUGUCUUCAGACACUGAUAUCAGGGAGUAUGAUCCCAGUGCGUCAUUGACUUACAUGCUGUCCAGCAGCUGUGACGUCAUGACAGACACCGGUCCGCUGUCCCACAUGGAAGAAGACGAUUCCCAGAAACAAAUAUUAGACUCCAAGAAUGCGAGCCCAACGGAGCUUCUAGUUAAGGCCUGGGAGGAAAACGUUUUCCCAGUCAUAAGUCGAAGAUUCCGUAACGAAGCAGACAGACGAUCGGGAUUGGAGCAAAUCCGUGGUGCUUUACAAGCCGGAAUGAUGGAUAUAGCGGUAGCAACUCUAGAAGACUUGUACGAAGACACUGGAGGCAUUCCUAAUACCCUAACUCUGCCUCGCCUAGAAGACGUGAAAGAGGACGCCAACAAGUUAUCGGUCAGUAACAUCAGGCAAGGUAUGGCUGUUGUUGUGAGCUCCAAACUUAAUGAUACCUCGAUGGCUGGGUUUGCUGUACCUGAGAUGAAGAGGACGUAUGGCCUUACUGGUAUUGUACUCACCAUCGAUAAG